CGCCCCUAAAGCCAUUGAACCAAUAUAGGUAUAUAGCAUUAUUUUUACAUUCUCAGAAGCCACCUCCUCCUCCCUUCCCCCCAGAGGAAGAAGAAGAGAAAAGGAGGAGAGAGAGAGAGAGAGAGAGAUACUCAAAUUUCCCAACGACAACCAGACGAACCCAACCUACCCACGAAAAGAGGUCCAUUUCUUCUUUUUUCCUCUCUCUGCGAUUCAUUUUCUCAUGUUCCGGAGAGAGAGGGAGCCUUAGAUAGAACGCAGAAUUCGAGGUCAUGGGUACCGAGGUCUUGAGACCGCAGGAUUGUUUGAUCCAUCGCAUCAGAGUCGCCCCGGCGGUGCUUCCCCACCACCGCCGGAAAAACUUUUAUGGCAACUCUAACCCCAAGGCUGGCGGCCGCAGACCGGCGGUCCGGCCUGAGCAGAAGAAGCGGCCCGACAACAACGGCCAGCCCGAGUUCGGCUCGAGGCGGUCGGCGAGUUUGGAUGACCUCAGGAAGACUCGCGGCAACAAUCACGGCCAUACGGUGAUGGGGCAGGUGACGAUUCUGAGGCGAGGCGAGUCCCUCGAGACCAAGAUCGGCUCCGCCGCCGGCGAUAACUUCCAGAACCGGGUGGAGAAGAAGGCCGGCGACGGUCCGGUCCUGUUCGGAACCGGGCGGUUGGCCCCGGACCCGGAAAUGGUCCCCAAGCAGAUCCGAAUCGGCGAUUCCAGAUCCGACGUGUACGCCGGAUCGGCGUUCUCGAUGUCGCCGUCGCCAAGGUCUCUCCCUCUGCCGUCGUUCUUCAGCAAGCAGCAGAUCUCGAGGGUCGCCGUCGAUGAUUCCGCGACCAGAGACCUCCGGCGACUCCUCCGCCUCGAGUGAAAUAGAGACCACGUCGUUUCCCUAGAUCGGUAGAUCUAGAAGGAUCCUAGUCCGUAAACGAAAUUUAUAGGUACUCUAUGUCUCGGGUAUUCGCUUCGUUCGAUUUCGGGUCUGGACUUUCCGUAAUUUUUUGAAAUGGAGGGUAAAACCCGAAAUUCGAGAAAGACAUGUCCAUGGAAGCAAAUCAAGAGAAGGGUAUUUAUGAAAUUAUCUUUGAAUUACGGGGCUAAUCAGGGAGUGGGUAUGGGGUUGUAGCAAGAAAGUACGGAAUUGGGAGGGUGUAUGUGGAAAUAUAGGAAAGUGUGGGGUGGGCAUGUGAAAAUAUGUAACAUUAGUUCACAUGCCUCUUUGUUUGUUGUAAUUGUGGUGGUCCUGCACCUCGUCGUCGUCGUCAUGGUUGCCGUUGAUGUGGAGAUGGGUUCGUAAAAGUCUUUCAUGUGUACUAUAAAAUGUAUGAACGAAAUAAAUUUAGGGUAAAUUUGAGCAGAA